AAGAAAGAAACCUGCCAGGUUAAUGCUGAUAUUUUAAUUACCCAAUUUAAAAUAAUAAAAAGUUUUAAUUUCUAUGAACAUAUUACCUUUCAAUAUCAGUGAGUAAUACUUUGUACAGGUGUAUAUAUACAUACACAGACACUGAAAGACACGAAUCCACUUUACAUUUAUAUUAAUUCUACUUUUACAUAAAAGAGAAAGGAUUAGCGUUAAUGCAAAACUUUUGUUAAUUUAUCAUAUUUUAUUAUUUUUUUAUAAUUUAAAAAUCCACUUAACUGUUGCUUCCACGGGAUUAUUUAAUAUAUGUAUUUACUUAAUAACAUCUAUUUAUAAUCUAAUAAUUUAUCUUAAUUUACAAAAUAUUUUCAUAAGUCUUACACACUCCUGAAUUUUAUGCAACUAUAUUAAUGUGCAAGUUUACUCAGAUAACAAUUUGCUUUGUUCUGUAUCUGUUAGUGUGUUAAGAAGCGUUUUCCUUUCCCAUAGAAAGAGGAGGGCCAUCUUUUCUAUUUAUGAUAUCUAUAUGUCUUCAAUAUACUGAAGAAGAAACUUUUUAACCUGUGAUCUCUUGGAAAUCUUUCAAACCAUUUGGAGAAGUAACCUUUACCUUGCUACUCCUUGGUCCGUUUGCUUGCCCUUUACCAUACCACCCGUCACCACCAGCAACCCUGAAAAAACAACAAUAAUAAACAAGAUAUGAUAAUUUUUCUGAUCACAGAACCAGGAAAUACCAAAGAAAACUGUGGCAUAUGUAGGAAAAUGCCAAGAGCUUCUCCAGUCAGAUCGGCUGUUUUUGUACUUUUUUUUUCUCUUGAAUUGUGUUUGGGACUUUUUUGGCUUGCUGAAGCAUAUCCUCAUAAUCUUAUGAAGCCACAGCAAAUUCCCAAUGCCACAACAACACUGUGCAGCCAGGGAGAGCCCCGAAGAAGUGAUCCUGGGUGGCUGCAGGCUUCCCCAGCAAUGAUGCAAGCCAGGAGGAGUAAGUAGGCUACUCUGUUCUGCUCUUUGCUCCUUAUCUAGGCUGCUCAACCUGCCAGGUAGAGAUUUUCUUUCUGUAGCUUUCUCUUCAACUCUCGGAGGCAUUUCCUUCAGUAACCAAUGACUUUCUACUUCUUCCAAGAGAUGGUUCAUAUAGCAAAGCAUGCAUUUUUAUUUUAUAUUGAAACAUGAAAAGCUUUGAAAAUUGGGAAGGGGAAAGGACAGGGUCUCAGGGUAUCUGGGAAAUAUCCAAAAUGGCAUCAGGCUCAAAGCUGUUUUUUUUGUGGCUGCUCAGGUCUGUAACUUUUCUAUUCUCUCCAGAGCCUCUAAGUGGUUGAAAGUAGUGAAUGAGAUAACUAUAGGGUACAAACUAUGAUCUAACUGAUUCAGUAGAUGGAGCUCUUCCCCCUAAGUCUGUAUUUAAAUUAACGUCCCACUCUUGUGGGGCUCUCUGUAUUAAGGUGUAUCAUACUACACAUGUAAAAUUGAGGCCUACAUAGCUGGAGAAGAGAUUUCCUGACACUUUUCAAAAGACAUGCAGCAUUUGCUCUGCCACAUGAAGCAAUGCAGAGUAGCUCCAAGGAUGGGGUGGGAGAUGAAGUUCACCUAUCUAAAUGUCUUCCUAUGUUUGUUAAUAUUGUUAAGUGUGAAGUUAAAUCCUAGCAGUUAUCAUAGAAGUAAUUAUUACUGUAAAUGUAGAAAAAAUAUAUAGCACAUGCAGAGUUUUGGCUGUAUUCAUUGCAAGUCUUCCAAGCUAUCUGAACUGUGCAGAUCUCCUUUCAUUUGAUUCUGCAAAGGAAUCUUAAUACUGUAAGGCAGUUGUUUCAUCCAAUUAGUCUGGAGAACCUGACUAAAAUGUUACAGAUUCUGAAUUGUGACAGCGCAGUGGAGGGCAAAGUCGCUAUGUUAGUAAGGUGCCUUAAUGGAAGCCAAAAUAUUUUCAGCAAUAACUGAAAGUAGAUCUCCGGUAUCUAUUUUAAUGUGGAAAGAAAUACUUGUUUAUUUCUUUUUAAAUUACUUGAAAUGAAUAAUUGCCACAAAAUUCUUGCCAGUGUUAUAUUAUUUUCAGUACCAGUAGAAUAAGUUUCAUCAUGUUCUUUCCUGGUACCAGGAGGGAAAAUAUAUGUAUGCUGUGUAUAUUAAAGUAUCUUCCUUACUGGAAUGUCUUCUCACAGAUUGGAGAUAUUACUGAAUAUCUCUUGUUAAAUCUUGAUAAGAUCAUUUGGCCAAAGUAGAACUGAUCUUGGCUUUAGUACCAAAAGAAAUAGCAUUUUUAAAGGACUUGGAUUCCCUUUGCAUACCACGUGCCUGAGUCCGAUACGGUCCAGGAAAAUAGAGAGGAUGAGACAAAAUUAUUCCUAAGCAGCCGCCGUAGGCCAAACAGUGAAACAGUGCCAACCUGGACCAAUCAGGCCGGCUUCUCAGAAGAUGCAUGCUUUUGUCGAACACUUACAUGAAGAGAAAGAGGGAGGAAGUCCUUGAAACUGCAUUCGUAUGAAUGAUUCUUCACUAAUUUCAAUAAAGUCCAUGGUAAUAAAUUCAAUGAUUUUUAUCCUUUUGUAAAGUAGAAAAUCUGAGCUUUCCUGGGCAGCUAAGGAUCUCUAAAUGUUGUACUCUGACAUCUUUUGAACAAAACUAUCCUUUUGAAUUUAAGCAAGUGAAAAACUUCUCACAGAGAGCAAAGAGUAAAAUUGAUGGAAACUCAAAAUCAAUUCCAAACCCAUUUCUGGCAUGAUGAGAAUAACAUUUGUGCUGUGUUUAAAGCAGUUUAAAACAAGAAAAUGAUAAAAUGAUCAAUAUACUUAAAGCCAAAAAUAACCAGGAGAGAACGAUCUGUAAUCUAUUCCCAGUCCUGAAACUCUAUACUUUUUAUCGAACAUAAAAAUAAACAACUUUAUCUUUUAUAAGGUAGCAUUGUAAGCCUUAUAACAUAAACAGCAAUGAUGAGAUGCCAAGCUUUCAACCCCUUAUUUAAGCUAUGUUUUUAGAGUUUAGCCAAACAAAAAUUCCUGGACUUAAACUAUUGUGGAUUUAUUUAUUUGUACAUACCAUGACCAUGAAAAGAACAAAAGUUAUGGAAUAUAUAGAUUGUCACAGUGAAAUACAUUCCCUCUUGACAGCCUGUGUAGUCUAUUUGUUUUAAAAAGAAAAAAAGGUUUAACUUAGCAGAAGAAUAUUUUAGCCUAUAUAUGAAAGUCAGUGAAUUGCUCAAUGUUGAACAGAUUUACUAUUUCUUUAAGAAUACAUUGACUAUUGACUAAUUUAUUAAAUUCAACAUAUAAAUAAAUAUGAAUCAUACAUAUUUUAUACUUAUUACUUUAAUAGAUUGCUUUAAAAGACUAAGAUGGCACUAAGAAAUUUUGAACCUGUGGAUUCAAGGUCAGUGAAAUGCCACUGUCCAAGUUUACAAAAAUUGCUCUAGACUUAAGAUUUUGCCCUGAUGAAUGAUUUUCUACCAGUUUUUCAGAGUCAUUUGAUUGGGUAGGUAUUUAUUGAUCAGAUAAAAUAAAAAUUUCCAUCUAGAUGAAAGAAUGCUAGCUGAAGAAAUUAAAGUGACAACAAAUUGUAUAAGCACAUUUAAUUUCAUUGAACUGAGGUGCUGUAGGAAUGAUGAUAAUUCUAAUGAGCACUGUGACGAGUGUAACUACAGUGCAGCAUGUGUGAUUACAUCAGUAAGAGUGAACUCGGUGGGCUAGGUCAGAAGGGUAAGACACGGAAGCCAUGACACAGUGGGGGCUAAUGAUUAAAGUUAUUGGAGAUGUUUAAAGCUUGCAGCUGGGUGCAAAAUUAACAGAUGUGGAAAAGAAGAGUCCAUCAAUGCUAAAAGUAGAUAGAAAAACAGUACUUUUUCCUAUAGGAUAUAAUCAGUUGUAGAAUUCACUGUUGCAGGGAAUCAUAACAAUAGCAUAAGCUUUGGUUGUCCAGUGUGAUAGUAGUUGUAAAGAGCUGUUGUGCACAUUGGCUUAAAGAUGCAUGUAAGUGUAACUGUUACAGCAACUAGUUAUGCUAUUGUUUGAAGUUGAAAAGCUCUGCUUUCAGGGUCGACAAAGCAAAUGUCAGCAUCAUAGAAUCACAGUCAUUGCAUCUUAGAGCUGGAAGGAGCCUUAGAUAUCUCAAUAUGGAUGAGUGGGUUCCUUUUCAACCAGAAAGGAAUAUUGGAAUAUCUGGUCCAGGAUCAUGUAGAAUCUGACUAUAUAAAUAUUAAUACAUUUAAAUAUAUAUUUUAUUUACACAUAUAUUUUUCUUCAAAUAUUUUAUAUAUUAUAAUGGCUUAUAUUUGGAAAACAAAAUUUAAAAGAAAAGCCUAUUAAAAUAGAGAAAGUAAAGCUCCACAAAUUUAUCUGGACUAGUGGUGCUAGACAUUGAAUUCUGUAAACCGGGAAUUCUAAAUAAGGAAGAGUGACAAAACUUACAGAAAAACAACAUUUUGUUUUCAUCAAAAGGAGGAGAGGUGUCUCACAGAUUGAGAAACGGUAUUUAGGCUGAAACCACUCGUUUUGCCAAUAAUAAAACUUAAACAACAGAAAAGUGACAAAACUUUCUCAAGACGAGAAAGGUAAAACUGGGACCAGAAAUCCAAUUUUCUAACUCUGGUAUAUACUCCUACACCAUAAGGGUGACCACUAAAACAGAUUUAUAAGAAUAAAAAGUGGAUGAUAUUCUAGAAGUAAUUGAAGAAGAGACCAAAGGAACUAGACCCUUAGGGCUCCUAUUUCUGUACCAGGAACCUCACGUUAGGUGGGACACGGGCAAAUAGGUAUGGUGAGGAUACGUCAUUCUGGGAAAUGAAAGAAAAUGCAUCCAGAUCCAUGUAUACUCUCUAGAGAGUCUCUGAAUUUAACAGCACUCCCCUGACCCCGACAGCCUUGUAGCUCAUUUAUCUUCUUUCUUCUACCCCCACUAGGAAAAAACAAAAAAAAAAGAAAAUUAAAAAAAAACUUUUGAGAAAUUGUAUUCAGAAGAGCUUUUGGAAAGAAGUCCUUCUAGAAAUUUUUCUGUAGAGAUCAGUACAUUUAUUAUCAAAGCAUGAGUUCUAAUCAGAGGGCGCUGAUUCAGCAAGCUUAUGCACAUUACAAACCGGACUACUCCUUGUUUCCUAAGCAUGCACCACAUUUUCCCAUCCCUUUUCCUUCUCCCUGAGUAUUCCCAAACAGAGGCAAACUCUGCCUCCUUUAUUUGUAUAAUACUUUGUAUCUUUUAAUAACUCUUGUCAUAUUCUGUUUUAUAUAUUAGCCAUUCGUGUAUCUAUUUGUAAUCGAGGCGGGGAGGAAUAUGUACUUUGGGGCAACAUACUUAAUUUUACUAGGCCUCACUUUACACAUCUGUAAGGAGGAAAAUGAUGACUGCCCUCCUGCGAUAGUGUAAGAAUUCCAUGAAAUGUAGUAUAAAAGAUGCUUAACACAAUGACUAGCAUGUGGUCAUCACUCAGUAUCAUUGUUGUUAUUGUUGUUACUACUACUAUUAUUUAUUAAUAUUUCCCUUCCUCUAGUUCUUUGGCAUUAAUAUACUUCUUGAGGUCAUAGAUUGACCUAAUUGAGUUUAAUAUUUCCUCAUGCAAUGAACACAAUGACUUUUACAAAAUAAGAACUGAAUAAAAAUAUGUUGAAUCUUUUUACAAAGUCCAUAUUAAACCUAUGACUUCCUCAUAAAGGUCUUUAAAUUCUGUCCUGGAGCUUUAGAAUAGUGGUGGUCAUGGCCAGUGCUUGACCCUUGUGUACCAUAAAAUAUAUCAGUGUUGCUCACUGUGGACUGGUGGUGCCACAUUAUUUUUCAGUUUCCCCUCAGACCCCCAAAAGCUUAAGAUGCUCUUUGUAGCAUACCUAGAAGUGUCAGCUUAUAUUUCUGGUUCAUGUGAUUAAUGAGCUUGUUAUACCUCUGUCUGCAGCCUGAACUAGAAACUUUCACUUUGGAGAGCAGGUCAAGAUAUCGAAUUUAAUUUCGGUUGCAUCUGUUAUAAGCCAAUUGUGUAUUCAUUACAUUUAUAGAUUCCCUCUUCAGCCAUAUAUUUUCAUGGCUGUUGAGAGCACCUGAAUCUGUGUUAAAUGUCCUUAGAUUUUACUUUAGAGACGUGAAAAUGAGGCAGUGAGACAUUUUUGAUAGCUAGCUGUCAUCUUUGGCAUUUUCUUCCCUUUAGUGUCUAAUCUGGUCUAAAUUUGAAGAAGGGGGCAGGUAUAGAAUUUCUACCUAGCUUGGUAUGGCAUGGUAACUCUAUAUUAAGGAGGUCUAUGGUCAGUGUAGUUCAUCUGCACAUUUCUGUUUUUCCAGACAUGCAACCACAUUCUGUGGAAAUGGAAAACUUCUGAAAAAUGAAAAUGAUAAAAUAACUUGAGGCAUGUAAGGGCAAAAAUAGAGCAUUAAGUGCAUGGGUUCAGCUGUUAGCAGGACAACAUGCAAGGUCGACUGUGAGUGUGUAUGGAUCAUGCCGGCCCUUCAAGGUUUCAGCAAAUAGCAAGAAAAUGAAAAAGAGGUAGAGUGCAUGGACAUGGCACAGGAGAGGCUGACAGUAGGGUGUGCUCCACUGAGGAAGAAUGUUGCAUUUGAAUCGGCCACAAGUUCCAUUAAUUUGAGAGUGAGCUGGUAUUUGUGAGGGGAACAAGGUCACAUUUAGUAGAACUGGUAAUUCAAUAAAGGGUUUUGACUGUGCCAGAGUAAUGGUGUUGGCAUCAAGAGAGAAAAGUUUUGCAGAUUUCUGUGUGUGCACUUGCUGUUACUGGUGUUCCUGGUGGGUGGCUGAAUCAUCCUGAUGGCAUUCAACAGGAACCAGCUGCUGAGAAUAUUAAAAUGCAAGCAUUUAUUCCUCUAGAGAGACAGUAGCAUCUGCAAAGUUUUCCUAUCUUGAUAGUACAGAUAAUCCCAGGGAGCAUUCUCUAGUAGUUUUAACUUUCUAUUCAUUUAUACAUUUUCUUUUUAUCAUUAUCAUUAGGAUCUCAAUAUCUAAAUGGAGAAAAGAGUGCCUUAGUGCUGAGUGCACAACAGGUUGUAGAGACAGAUAGUAAACACUUGGCCAAGAACUUGGUAUUGCCUCUCGGACUUUACCUUAAAUUAUUACCUCAAGGGGGAAAAUGGCAUUCCCCUCCCUUGUCCUGUCUUCGUAGCAAAGAGCCCUCUGUGCUCGUCGUCGUCUUCGGUGAGCUCUGAGCUCUACCAGCAUAAAAACAGCUUUCUCUCACCCUCCCAAUACAGGCUUUAGAGCUCUCCAUUUUACUUAUAAAACUUGUGAGUCUGGUGAUUUCCUUGUGUGUGUUGUUUAUUGUUUGUUUGUUUUGUUUUGUUGUUGGUGGUGUGUUUUUGUUUUGGUUUUGGUUUGGGUUUUUGAGCUGGCAUCAACGGUUGUGGGAAAGGGAGGUGCAAAAAGGAGGUUUGAACUCAGUAAUCUACUAGGUCUUUCUACCUCUAAUACUUAUGAAUAAUGUAUUGAACUGAUGGAAAAAAUGUUGAAUAUGUUCAUUAUGAAUUAUAUUCACCAGUGUGUUGCCUAGAAUAUAAAAGAGCAAAGCAGUUGCCGCGUAACUAGUUCCUUACAAUAAAUGUAGUGGUACAACAGAGCUCUGUAUCCUUUCCCAUUCCACUGUGUGUCGUCCCCAAACACACGCUUUACAUGUCUGAGUGGCAACUGCAGACAGGGUACCUGAUCGGAUGACAGCCAGCCACGGUUCUGACGGGUACAGGGACAUUCGUAGCGGAGUCUGGGUCCUAAACAGAAGCAGCUUUGUUGAAGAUACUGAUAGUACAGUCUCCCUUCUGAGGAAUCACCAAAGCCAGUUUCAUUACUCAAGUGCUAUCAUGCUGCAGGGGUUAUAGUUCCUAUCAACAGAAAAGAGACUUAUAAUUUUGCCCCCCUAAUUUUUAAAAAAUUAGCACGGAUAACUAAUUUGUUGGCAAUGUUACAUUGUGAGAAAAGUGAGCAAGAAUGGCAGAAAAUUCAGAGCUAUUUAUUACAUUUAGCUUCAAAAUUCAUUAUAUGCGCUUCUCUAUUGGUUUUCUUUCAUAAUUAUGUUUUGUUUAGGAUUUAUUGAAAUAAAAUUGUAUUUCCUAAGCAUUUACCAGAUAACAUUGGGAAACACUAACCAGAAGCAUGACAAGAAGCAAGAAAUCUUUUUAGUCACACAAAUAAUCAAGACAAGAGAUAAUAAGGAGUUAAAAUAAUACCAAAAUAGUCUUUCCCUGGCCAAAUAACAGUGGGGCCCAUUAUUUAUCAACCGUGUCACCCUAAGUGAUAUGCAAAUAUGUGCCAAAAUAGAGAAAGAUCAUCUUAGGUCAGGGACUCAGAGGGGACAGCCCGAACAUAGAGAACAGUUCCAAGUUAAAGCAGUUCAACAGAAAGGUGCACAGAAAGCUCUGGCCUUUGUCUGAGUUCCCAGGAGAGUAGUGGGAUAUCAGUGAGUAGGUUCUGCCUCAGAGAAGCCCUUCUUUCCGGUCGUAUCAGUCCAGAGCCAAUGGACUAGCUCUUACGAGAGGAUGGUUCAAGACAUCACUGGUACCGGCAUCACCUUCAUGCUAACAUUAACUCAAGCUAACUGUCCCAGCAUAAUUUAUCAUCAUACAUUUCAGAAAUGAUCUUUUGUUCCUGUGCUCUCUUUGCUCUCUUUAGUGGCUAAAACCUAUUAGAGCCCAUGAAGAGCAAGUAUAAAUUUAGAGCAGCCACAUUUAUCAAUAGUUUAUAAUAAUCUCUGAGGAGAGGGAGAGAGAAGGUGAGAGAAAGUAAGAGAAACGAGAGAAAUCAGAAAAUAUUUUUUUUCAGGAAAAUUACAUUGCCCAACAUUUAGAUCAGGUAGCUCAAGAACAGUAAAGGCUACCCCAUCCAGAGUGGUAUAAUAUAAGAGCAGAUGUGGCAGUUCGUUGUUGUUGUUGUUGUUUUCCCCAGCUCCACCCCUCCUUGCAAGACAAAUCAUUUAACCUGUCUGUGUAAUAGUGUAUUUGUCAAAUAAAUAGAAAACCAUCUAUCCUCAUCUGCUUCACAGCAGUAUUGCUAAGGCUGAUUGUGCACACAUAUAUUAAUGUAUAUAUUAUAGCUAUCUAUUUACAGCAGGGGAGAAUGAUUUUAAAAUAAAUGAAUCAGGGUUUUAUGUGUACAUCCAUUGUGAAGGUCAGUCACUUUUUUGUUAAUUUUAAGAACUUCUCUGCCAAUUACCAAUUGCUAAAAUUCUUGAAAAUGGUGACUGAGCAUAUAUCACCUCUGUGAAAUGGAAGGCUUUUUAAAUCUAAGCAUGAUAAUAGAGAUUCAAACACAUUUCCAUCUACCAUGGACCCUAGUGGCCUUACUCAAAACAGUACAAACCUAUUAAGCAAAGUUAAAGAUUAGCUUUGCCAAUAGAUAUCUUAUUUAAAAAGUCCUAAAUAGAGAAUAUAGCAAUUGGUUAUAUCAAAGUGUAAUUCUGGCUGUAAGAGUGAACUAGUUCUCUAUACUAGAUACUUAUUUUUUUAAUGGGGCAAAGAUAUAUCGAAAGGACAGGAUAAGGCUCAGCCUAUACAAAUAUCCUAGGAAUCUACCCAGGCUACUGGUCAGUCCCAACAAGAAGUAGGCUCAAUAUAUAUAAAGCCCAUAAGAGGCCACAUUCAUUCAUCUCACUUUGUACUACUAUUAUUCAUUUGAUGUUGGUCUGGCUUUUUAAUCUCUCCUUUCUUCAUCCAGACCUCAGUGGAAUGAUAAUGUCAUAAAGAGAGCAGGUGAAGAUAAAUAAAUGUGAUUUUUUAGACAUGAUGUUACCCUUUAAUAGCUUUUCCCCGGGCCCAUUCCAAGCAUCCAGAAAAGAGAAACUUAGCUUCCACUGAGAGUGAAGUCAUAGCUCCAACUUAGCAUAAUAAGAGAGAGUGAGGGAGCAAGCAUACUAUUAGUGAAAAGACUGAGUUUCUGCUGGGCUAUGAUCAGGUUCUCCUGUUUCCUCUAUUUUUUUUUCUCAAUCUGAAAGAGUUAUUGUGGCAAUUCACCUGUGCUUCUGAACCUGUGUUCACAUGCCCAAGACCUGCUCCAGGUAAGGCCAGAAAGAAAUUAGGGCAGACUUAUAUACAGGAAACUCAGCUCCUUUUGUAGUAACUUCUGCUUGUUUUGUUUUAGAGAAAUUUGUGUUUUUAGAAAAUAUGUUUCAAUUCCCAGACCUUGAUAUCCUGGGAAUCCUUAGAUUGUGACUGAAGUGGGGAUUCAUGGCUGUGACAAACAUAGCAGAAGCCAGUGCAGUUGUGCCCUAUCAGAUACACUGUCAGAGCCCAGAUUUUUCCGAUCCUUGUUGCAGAAUUCAUUUCCUCCUUACCCUAGGUAGACAGGGUUAACUGGGAAUUUUGAGAGUGGUGAAGCGUGUUUUUUAAUUUGGGUCUUGGUCACUAUGGAACAGGAAUGUCUUGGUAAAAACAAUAACUAAAACCAGGGCCAGCUUUAUGGGUGUACACCUGUGCUCUGUGACCCUGGUGCACAGGGUCCUGUGUUUGGAAGGGCAACCCCCCAUGCUUGGCUUAAUGUACUACUGUUGCUAUCUUGAAAUUCUUAAUAAUUUUUUGAAUAAGAAUCCUCACAGUUUUCACUUUGCCUUGAGCCUCACAAAUUAUGUAGCCAUUCCUGCCUGGAAGUUAUCUUUCCCUGGCAUGCCAACUGGAGGUAUCAGUCACAUGUCUUCUUUUACUGAAAAUGAUCUCCUUUAUGGUUCCUCAGAAGUUUAUUCUUCUGUUAAACUGUUUGAAGAUUUCUGUCUACAUAAUGUAGUUCAGAAGAGCUCAUCUCUCCUUCCUUCCUCCAAACACCUUGAGAUGGUUAUGAUCAAGGUGAUCUUGUUUUAUAAUCCAAAACUCUGUAGUUUUCUCAGCCAAGUUUUUUUUUUUUUUUUUUUUGCAAGAAGUUAACACGUAGGAGAAAUAGUUAUGUCAUAAUAGUGGGGUCUUUGGCCUUUACUGGGUCAUUAAAAUAGGCAUCAGUCAUUAAAUUGAGAUUUUAAAAUGAGCAUCUAACAUUCAGGUUAUCUUAGCCUAGGUACUUCCCAAUCGUCAUGUGAGCAAACACAUCAGUGUACUCUGGAAACAAGCUGAUCUCUGCACUCUGGUCCUGCGCUUCUCCCUCUCGCCGACUCCCAUCAAUGCCACUGCUAGCUCUGUGCUCCACACCCUUCCCCUCAUUUCCCUUCUGCCUUCAGCGCAUGUCAGUCCUUUCUUCUUGCUCAAAACACAACUGGCAUUAGGAGGAGAAAGUUCCUCUCUUCAGUCUACAUGUGGCGACUAAUGAGAUUACUUCUUGCUGAGUUUGGUACAUACACACUAAUCCCUGCCAUCACCUUGAUGAGAGUGAAUUACAGAAUUGUAAGGCCUGGAACAGCCCCCAGAGGCGCAUAGACUUGUUCACAGUGAUAGUUUGUAGGACCAAGCCUAACCAAAAGAAUCCACACUUCCUGACUCCCAGUCUGGCAUGCUCUUGGUAACUCAGGUGUCUUCAACAUUCCUAAAAGAUGAAUUCUACAUGACUGCCUCAUAAACCUGUUUUCAGGUACCCAUAACUGAGAGGAAGAGGGAAAAAAAAAAAAUAUAUAUAUAUAUACACACACACACACACCCCACAUACACACACAUAUACACACAAAUUUAAGCCUAUUUUAAUGAUCCAGUAAAGGCCAAUAUAUGUGUGUGUGUGUGUGUGUGUGUGUGUGUGUGUAUGAUUUAAUGUAUAAGUAAAUAUAGGAGCUGCAGAAAAAGUCCUGUGUGAGAAGGAGCCUGACUAGCCACCUUGAGCUCUAGUUAGCUUCUCUGAGCCUGUAAAAUAUUUCCUAUCACUAAGAAUGUCUCCAGGGUUGUUGAGAGGAUCCACAGAGAUGCUCACCUAGCACAAAGUCUGACUCAGAAGUUCAGGAAAGUUUAGCUUCUUGUACCUCCCUCUCCUCUUCCUCCCUCACCUUCACUUUCCCACAUCUUUUCUCCCUCCUCUAGGAAAGGACAGAAACCAGGAGGAAUCUCAUGGAGAGAUACCAUACAGCAUAGUCCCUGUGAAUUUAAGUUGUAGGAGACUAGAUUAACCUACCCUCGCCUGAACCAGAUGCAGCCGCUCUCUGUUCCCUGCCCCAAUGAACAUCUGCACUAGGCCCAAACCUCGGAGUGAUUUACCUGAAGAGUGACACCAUUUAUUUGGAAACUACUAUGAGGAAACUGAAGCCCAGAGAGGUGAAGUGAGGUGCCCAAGGCCACACAGCAAGUUAGAGGCACAGCUAGUACCGUAGCUCAAGUCUCCUGACUCCCAGUCCAGUGCUCCUCCCAUUACUCCACGGGUCCUGUCUCUAAGCUUCCUGACAAAUGCUAGAACGGAAGAAACCCAAGACAGCUGAAAACCAGAAGGCAUCUGAGGAGAAUGAGAUUACUCAGCCGGGUGGAUCCAGCGCCAAGCCGGGCCUUCCCUGCCUGAACUUUGAAGCUGUUUUGUCUCCAGACCCAGCCCUCAUCCACUCAACACAUUCACUGACAAACUCUCACGCUCACACCGGGUCAUCUGAUUGUGACAUCAGUUGCAAGGGGAUGACCGAGCGCAUUCACAGCAUCAACCUUCACAACUUCAGCAAUUCCGUGCUCGAAACCCUCAACGAGCAGCGCAACCGUGGCCACUUCUGUGACGUGACGGUGCGCAUCCACGGGAGCAUGCUGCGCGCACACCGCUGCGUGCUGGCAGCCGGCAGCCCCUUCUUCCAGGACAAACUGCUGCUUGGCUACAGCGACAUCGAGAUCCCGUCGGUGGUGUCAGUGCAGUCAGUGCAAAAGCUCAUUGACUUCAUGUACAGCGGCGUGCUGCGUGUCUCACAGUCAGAAGCUCUGCAGAUCCUCACGGCCGCCAGCAUCCUGCAGAUCAAAACAGUCAUCGAUGAGUGCACGCGCAUCGUGUCGCAGAACGUGGGCGAUGUGUUCCCGGGGAUCCAGGACUCAGGCCAGGACACGCCGCGGGGGACUCCCGAGUCAGGAACAUCAGGCCAGAGCAGCGACACGGAGUCAGGCUACCUGCAGAGCCACCCGCAGCACAGCGUGGACAGGAUCUACUCGGCACUCUACGCGUGCUCCAUGCAGAACGGCAGCGGCGAGCGCUCCUUUUACAGCGGUGCGGUGGUCAGCCACCACGAGACUGCGCUUGGCCUGCCUCGAGACCACCACAUGGAAGACCCCAGUUGGAUCACACGCAUCCAUGAGCGCUCGCAACAGAUGGAGCGCUACCUGUCCACCACCCCGGAGACCACGCACUGCCGCAAGCAGCCCCGGCCUGUGCGCAUCCAGACGCUAGUGGGCAACAUCCACAUCAAGCAGGAGAUGGAGGACGAUUACGACUACUAUGGGCAGCAAAGGGUGCAGAUCCUGGAGCGCAACGAGUCUGAGGAGUGCACAGAAGACACUGACCAGGCUGAGGGCACCGAGAGUGAGCCCAAAGGUGAAAGCUUCGACUCGGGCGUCAGCUCCUCCAUAGGCACCGAGCCCGACUCCGUGGAGCAGCAAUUUGGGGCCGGGGCGACACGGGAUGGCCAGGCCGAACCCGCCCAACCCGAGCAGGCUGCGGAAGCCCCUGCCGAGGGUGCCCCCCAGCCGAACCAGCUAGAAACAGGUGCCUCCUCUCCGGAGAGAAGCAACGAGGUGGAGAUGGACAGCACGGUCAUCACUGUCAGCAACAGCUCCGACAAGAGCGUCCUGCAGCAGCCUUCGGUCAACACGUCCAUCGGGCAGCCAUUGCCAAGUACCCAGCUCUACCUACGCCAGACAGAAACCCUCACCAGCAACCUGAGGAUGCCUCUGACCUUGACCAGCAACACACAGGUCAUUGGCACAGCUGGCAACACCUACCUGCCGGCCCUCUUCACUACCCAGCCCGCGGGCAGCGGUCCCAAGCCUUUCCUCUUCAGCCUGCCACAGCCCCUGGCAGGCCAGCAGACCCAGUUUGUGACAGUGUCCCAGCCCGGCCUGUCGACCUUUACUGCACAGCUGCCAGCGCCACAGCCCCUGGCCUCAUCCGCAGGCCACAGCACAGCCAGUGGGCAAGGCGAAAAAAAGCCUUAUGAGUGCACUCUCUGCAACAAGACUUUCACCGCCAAACAGAACUACGUCAAGCACAUGUUCGUACACACAGGUGAGAAGCCCCACCAAUGCAGCAUCUGUUGGCGCUCCUUCUCCUUAAAGGAUUACCUUAUCAAGCACAUGGUGACACACACAGGCGUGAGGGCGUACCAGUGUAGCAUCUGCAACAAGCGCUUCACCCAGAAGAGCUCCCUCAACGUGCACAUGCGCCUCCACCGGGGGGAGAAGUCCUACGAGUGCUACAUCUGCAAAAAGAAGUUCUCUCACAAGACCCUCCUGGAGCGACACGUGGCCCUGCACAGCGCCAGCAACGGGACCCCUCCUGCGGGCACACCCCCAGGUGCCCGGGCCGGCCCCCAAGGCGUGGUGGCCUGCACGGAGGGGACCACUUACGUCUGCUCCGUCUGUCCAGCAAAGUUUGACCAAAUCGAGCAGUUCAACGACCACAUGAGGAUGCAUGUGUCUGACGGAUAAGUAGUAUCUUUCUCUCUUUCUUACGAACAAAACAACAACAAAAAAAGAAACAACAAAAAAAGCUAUGGCACUAGAAUUUAAGAAAUGUUUUGGUUUCAUUUUUACUUUCUGUUUUUGUUUUUGUUUCAUUUCAUUUUGUACUACAUGAAGAACUGUUUUUUGCCUGCUGGUACAUUACAUUUCUGGAGGCUUGGGUGAAUAAUAGUUUUCCCAGUCUCCCUCGGAUGGUGGCCUUAAGGCCUGGUAGUGCUUCAAGAGCUCCACUGGUUGGAUCUCUAGCUACUGGCCUCUAAAUACAACCCUUAUUUACAAAAAAAUCUUUUAAAAAAAGUAAAAAAAAAAAAAAUUUUUUUUCACUUGUGAAGAGCACUACAAAAAUAUAUAACAAAAUCUAAAAGGCCUACUGUCUUUAAGUACACCGCUUGCAGUGUUUCAGUGGACAUUUUCACAAUUCUGGCCGCUCGGACUUCACAGUAACCAGUUAAAACUGUGGAAUAUCACUUCUGGUUGAAAACCCAGAGGAAAGGCCCUGCUGUUUUCCACCUACCACAUUGUCUGAUUUCACAAAAGGGCUGUGGGGGCGGGAAGGGGCAGUGGGUUUGGUGGUGUGGGAAAGAAAGGCAAAUGGCAGGCUUCUCCCCCAGAUUCUGCCCGGGCCCACACCCCGGCCCACCUCCUCCUAUUCCCCCCUUUCAGCAGAAGCCAGGAAGACUUGGACAAGCAACAAGCAACAGUGGCUAUCGCUAUCGUAUUUAUUCAGUGUCUUCGCUGAGCCACAGCCUCAGCACAAUCAAGAGGGACUUUCAUGAAAGGCAGGAAUGCAGAAAAAAACAAAGAUAUCAGAAAUUUGCACCUAUGUUUCUAGGUACAAGAGAAGGAUUAUUUCCAACAAUCUUUGCAAAACAAA